GGGCGGCGGGGGGGGGCCCGGGCCCUCCUCAGGUGGAGCCGCCGCCGCCGCCGCGCCCGUGACCCCCCCCCCGCGGCCGGGGCGCACCGGGGGGGCCCUUCCCCCGCCCGCCGCCAAAUCCCUUCAAGAUGGAUAUAGAAGACUGUAACGGGCGAUCCUACAUAUCCGGAAUCUGCUCUUCCUGGAAGGUGAGCGGCUGCGUGCGCCCCGCCAGCGACGCCGACAUGCACCCGCAGCCCGCGCUCCAGCGCUGUUUCCAAGGAGUUGGCUGUGAGAGCGCUCCGGGCUAUCUCCAGCAAGGCAGUGGGGAUUCCUCUCUGGAGAAGGAGUUCAGCUCAGCCAUCGUGGGGCCCGCGGUGAGCACCCCCAACAGCCAGCACUCGUCGCCCAGCCGCUCGCUCAGUGCAAACUCCAUCAAGGUGGAGAUGUACAGCGACGAGGAGGGCAGCCGCCUGCUCGCCCAGGACGACCGGAUGCUGGAGAAGGACGACAGCGUCAUCGUGGAGGAUUCCCUCUCGGAGCCCUUGGGCUACUGCGACGGGCCGGGCCAGGAGCCGCAUUCCCCCGGCGGCAUCCGCCUGCCCAACGGCAAGCUGAAGUGUGACAUCUGCGGCAUGGUCUGCAUCGGCCCCAACGUGCUCAUGGUGCACAAGCGCAGCCACACGGGGGAAAGACCAUUCCACUGCAACCAGUGCGGAGCCUCCUUCACCCAGAAGGGAAACCUCCUGCGUCACAUCAAGCUGCACUCUGGAGAGAAGCCCUUCAAGUGCCCCUUCUGCAACUACGCCUGUCGCAGGCGGGAUGCGCUCACCGGCCACCUCCGGACGCACUCCGUCUCCUCCCCUACCGUGGGCAAGCCCUACAAGUGCAACUACUGCGGCCGGAGCUACAAGCAGCAGAGCACGCUGGAGGAGCACAAGGAGCGCUGCCACAACUACCUGCAGAGCCUCAACACGGAGCCGCAAGCCUUGGCCAGCCAGCCAGGAGAUGAGAUGAGGGAGCUGGAGAUGGUGCCGGACUCGCUGCUGCACCCCUCGUCCGAGCGACCCACCUUCAUCGACCGCCUGGCCAACAGCCUCACCAAGAGGAAACGCUCCACGCCGCAGAAGUUCGUGGGGGAGAAGCAGAUGAGAUUCACCCUCUCGGACCUCCCCUUCGACGUCAACUCCAGCUUCGAGAAGGACGUGGAGAUGGUCUCAGCCCACCACCCCCUGGACCCUUCCUACGGCACCUCCUUGUCCUUGAUGGGGGGGGAACACCUCCGGAGCCUCCGCCUCCCCCCUACAAACUGCAUCUCGGAGGUGACCCCCGUCAUCAGCUCCGUCUACACCCAGAUCCAGGCUCUGCCGGGCCGGCUGGAGCUGCCGGGGGGCCGGGAGGCCGCCGAGGGCCCCGAGGACGUGGCGGACGCGGUGCCGGUGCUUUACCGGAGCCGGGACCACGGCGUGUCCCCCCCCAACGGCUGCCCCGACUCCAGCGACACCGAGAGCAACCACGAGGAGCGGAGCUCGCAGGGGCCGGCGGGGAGCACCCGCCAGAGCCCAGCUUACGCCAAAGAGGACCCCAAGGUGCCGGAGGGGCCCCCGGCCGCCCGCUCCACCCCGAGCUCUGCCAAAGAAGCGCUGAGGGUGCUCAAUGAGGACGGGGAGCAGCUGCGGGCCUUCAAGUGCGAGCACUGCCGCAUCCUCUUCCUGGACCACGUCAUGUUCACCAUCCACAUGGGCUGCCACGGCUUCAGAGACCCUUUUGAGUGCAACAUCUGUGGCUACCACAGCCAGGACCGGUACGAGUUCUCCUCCCACAUAGUGAGGGGCGAGCACAAAGUCGGUUAAACCACCCCCCCCCCCCCCGUUAAUGUCCCCCAUCCCUUGGCUCCCGCUCAGCCCCCUCCACCCCUCGGGCAUGGAACUGUUGGUUGUUGGUUUUUUUACUCCUUUGCACUGAUUUUGGCUACAAAAAGAAACACAAAAACGAGGGAAAAAGAAAAAAAAUCACUGCCCCAACCCCGCCCCCCACCAACCCCCGGGGGGGGGCUGGGAACCAUUUGCCUUUUUAUAUUUAAAUAGUGAUGGACUUUUGCCCCCCCCCCCCCCCCCAAAUCCUCCCUCCCAUCGUUAUUUAUUAAGCUUUUGAGUUGCUCUUUUCUUCCUUCCCUUUCCCGGUCUCUCUUGUUGAGGCUCCUCCUUAUCCCAAUCCCAAUCCCGGCUCCAAGCCCUUUCCUUGGUGCGAGCCCGUCGAACCUCAGAUUCGGUGCUAACCCCCCCUCUAUGGGACCCCCCCACCUCCCUCAGCCGUGGCCCCCCCCCCUAAACCCGGAUUGGGGGGGUCGCUGCACCCUGAGCUUUAAUGAGUCUAUCCCGGGGGACCCGCUGCCUCCCCCCCCCACCUUUCCCGGUGCUGCCGGAUUUACCCGGUGAUUCCCAAUGGGAUUUGAAGCCCCCCCCCCCGGAUACUCAGCCCCGCACAUGGGGGGGGCGUGCGAUUCCAUGUUGCUCCCCUUAAACGAAGGCAGGAAGAUGGGAUCUCCUCCUCCUCCUCCUCCCCUCGCCAUUCCCAAGGGAUUGGGGGGGGGGCUCUCCUGGUGCUCCAGAGUCAUUCCUCUUGGGGGUGGCCACAACCCCAACCCGGAGCUUUGGAUCCUCAAUCCUUUGGGAUAGCUCCGGGAGCCUUUUGGGGGGGCCAGAACACACUGGAGGCGGGGGGGGGGGGGCCGGACCCUGCUUUGGGGUCCCUUAUCCAAAGGGGAAAGCAGCCGCUAACCAAAAAUGAAGCGGGGGCCUCCCACCGAUCCCGGUGCCCUCCCGCAUCCCCCCCCCUUUAUAUCCAUAUCCCACCCCCCAAGGGGGGGUCCCUGAUCCCCCCCCCCAAGGCCCAGGACGCAUAAAAGCCCCCCCGGGGGCUCCUGAGGGUGAAACCAAAGGCUGUUCCUUUUGUACCAACGCAACCACCUCAACGCGGCGGCAACAGCUCCCGUUGCCCCUCUUCCCCCCCCUCCUUUUGCUAUUAAUUAAUAUUAUUACUAUUAUUAUUAGAUAUAUAUAUUUAAUCCCCCCCCCCUUUCUACGUGGUGGGGGCGGGGGGGGAUCACUGGGGCUCAGCCCCCCCCUUCCCACCCCCCCAACCCACCCCAAAAAGGGGCUUUUCCAACCCAAAAGGGGAGCGCUGCGGUUUGAGCGCUCUCGGGUUGGUUUAUUUUUUUGGGGGGGGGGGGUGUUUGUUCUUUUCCUUUCUUUUCCCUAUGGAAUUCCAUUUCCUAUCCCAACCAUAGGAAUUUUAUACACCUCCAGGCGCUUUACUCUGUAAAUCUCUAUUUUUUAAGCAGAUGGAUGAAGAACAAACCAUGAUGAUGAUGAUGAUGAUGAUGAUGUGCAAUACCCCGUGUCCCCCCCAUCCCCGUCCCCCCCCCUUAAUCCCGUUGCUCCCUGCCCUGGUUUUCAGUUGUCUCUCGUUAAUGGCUUUGCUGUUGGCUUUGCUUGGGAGGUUAAAGUCGCUUUUGGACCCCCCCCCCCCCCCCCGGACCCCCCCUCCAGGAGCUUUUGUAUCUGUAAGAUAUUGUAAGUACCUAUUUGUGUAACGAGAUCUACUGUAAGUUUUGUACUGUAAUGGCUGAAGGUCUGUUAUAAAUAAACCCGAGUAAUUUAACGGC